GGAAGCAGCGCUCAUUUUCGCAAGGCAAACGAACCUUUUCGUGAUCCGUGUGCUACACCCGAUUGAUCCUGGAAUAUUCACCAACAGCUGGGUUUUGUUGGCCGGAUUUGAAUUUACCAUUGUAAUUGAGAACAUUUACCAGUGCUGGUUUUCAACAGUGUUGCAACCAGUAGAGACGAGCACUAUGGUGCUUCAGUUUAAGAUGUCAAUCCACACUGUACUGUCAUUGGUCAUCUGCUACUAUGUACUCACCGGUACUACAGUGAUGAGUUGUCCAGCGCAAUGUUCGUGUGUUGGUGCACCUAGUUACACUGUAGAUUGCGCCUCUCGCGGAUUAACAAUGGUGCCGGGUGGAAUACCGAAUACAACAAAAACUCUAUAUUUGUACAGUAAUCAGAUCCAGAAUUUAAGUGACGGUGUGUUCUCUGGUCUAACAAACCUCCAACAACUAUAUUUGAAUGGUAAUCAGAUCCAGACUUUAAGUGACGGUGUGUUCUCUGGUCUAACAAAACUCCAAACACUAGGUUUGGAAAGUAAUCAGAUCCAGACUUUAAGUGACGGUGUGUUCUCUGGUCUAGCAAACCUCCGACUACUAAAUUUUGAUAGUAAUCAGAUCCAGACUUUAAGUGACGGUGUGUUCUCUGGUCUAACAAACCUCCAAACACUAUGGCUGAGUAGCAAUCCUCUUAUUCUGAAACCAAGUCUCUAUGUCAAUUUAUAUGGUAUCGGCACUAUCUCCACCAACAUCUGUUACGGGUGUGUCCUUCUUGACUCACGGGUUGCGGUGUACUUGAAUCAAGUGUCAAAGUCCUGUGCACCUGGACAUUUUCAGAAGUUCAACAAUAACGGACGCGCUGACUACUACUGCCGUUGUAAUGAGUCCGUAGCAGUUAUUGCGCCGAGCUGUUCAUCACCUGGAUACAUAUGCCUGGCAAAUGGACAAUUUCCAAUUUGUUUUGGAUACACACAAUGCCAAAAAGCAGGCUCUACUUACAUUUGCACUUGUGAGGACGAAUUAAGCCUGAAUCAAUCCUACUGUUACAUAGCUGAAGACUGCCAAAACACAGUAGAAGACUGCGGAAAUGGAACCUGCACCAUGGACUACUCACCUGAAUCCCGAAUAAAUAGUGAAUUCAAUGAACCAUCAAAUCCACUUGAUGGAGCAUAUUCGAUAAUCAAUGCCACAAUGGACGGUGGGAAUAUUGUUAUACAGUGCCAGCCGUAUUUUGACCUGAACAUCUAUGGAAACUGGACAACACUACGUGCUACACCAUGCACUCGUUGA